AUGGUCUCCUUUGUCUUGGCACGGCCUCUGAACUCGAAGGAAAGCGACUUAAGCCUUGCGAUUCGCCUACAAAAUGAUGGCAACACGGUCUGUUGGGACUCGUUGGUGGAGCUCAGAGCAUGCACAGGGGAAGUCAUCCUUUUCUUCCUCAACGGGGAGACGUUUCUGGGGUCUGAUUGUUGUCGUGCCAUCCGAUUCAUUGAGCACCAAUGCUGGCCUUCCAUGCUUGGUUCUCUAGGUUUCACCCCAGAGGAAUCCGACAUUCUCCGAGGCUAUUGCGAUGCCGCCACCGGUGAAACCACCACUCCUCCACCGCCACCACCACCAUCCGAUAAAGGGUUCUUCCAGACUCCAGAUUUCUUACCAGUUCUCUCCCAAAAUGUUUAA